AUGGCCUCCAUAAAACCACCUUUCACCUGGGAAACUGCCCAAGAAAAGGUCAAGGCUGCUCAAAGCUUGUGGAACACGCAAGACCCGACCAGAGUCUCCAAAGGCUAUACAGCUGACUGUGUAUGGCGCAAUCGGUCGUCGUUCAUCGAGGGCACAGCUGAGAUCAUCGACCUCUUGACUAAGAAAUGGGCAAAGGAAGCCAAUUACCGACUGCGCAAAGAGCUGUUCGCGGUCACUGAGAACAAGAUCGCCGUCCAGUUUUGGUACGAGUAUCAAGAUCGCCAUGACGGGAUGAAGUGGAAACGAUGUUAUGGGCUUGAGGACUGGACGUUUGACUACGAGACAGGAAAAAUGAAGAAGAGACAGAUGAGUGGCAAUGAUAUUGUCCUGGGAAAGAACGGGGAUGGGGUGGCCGUACCAGAAGAAGGUAUCGAAGGAAGAUGGUAUAUUGACGGAGUAGAUGUGGACGAUGAAAGUGUCACUAAGAAGCUCACGGCGAUACACUUCUGA